AUGCACAUACCACCUGGCUUUCCCCACCAACCACCCCAGCCUGCACCUACACCUGAGAAUGAGCUCAAGGCUAUGCUGAAACAAUUGCUUCAAGGGCAAGCUGAUGGUGUUGUGGACACAAGCAAGAAGUUAGCUGAAAUCAACUCCAAGAUUGAGAAUCUCAACACAAGAGUGUUUACUCUCUGGAGAAUCAUGCUUCUUCUGUUGCUGCUGCUACAAAGCAAGGACAACUACCUGGUAAAGCAUUCAGAACCCCAAGGAACAGUGCAAGGUCAUCUUCACUCAAGAAGGUCUUGA